UCUUCUCCUUCGCUGUGAUCAGCACUGCACUGACUAGCCAAUGCACCACUACCAAUACAAUACACUAAAACAUUAAGCAACUAAUUAUAAAGCCGUGUACACACUACAAAUUUUCGUUAAAAAAAAACAACUAAUUAAAAAUAUUUCGCCACCCUCCGAUUAUUAUAAUAAUAUCUUUACAGAUUAAAAAAAAUGACCCGCUACAGUGUACGGAAGAAAAAGGCUAGUCGCCACCCCCAUCGAUACCCGACAGCGUGCCGUUUGUGUGACGCAAGGCACCCAAUACGCCUCUGCCCCGUCUUCCGUGGAAAAAGCCCAAUUGAGCGGCUUUGGGAAGCGCUUCUGGGCCACUAUUGCGCCAACUGCCUAUCUAUGGCCCACAAGUCGCGCAAUUGUACAAACGAGGGAAGGUGCAGACGAUGCGGCGACCACCAUCACACAAUGCUGCACAUUCCCGAAGAACGACGCUCGUGGAGCCAGCAAGUCGCUGAGGAAGACAGCGACGCGGUGUCGGUAAAUGCGUCGGACGACUUCUCGGAGACACCGAUUCCCGAUCAAACCGCGGCUGGAGCGGAAACUAGGCCUUUCCGUACCAGGGUAGACAGGGGAUUGGAGACCAGGCCUCUUCGACCCCAGCUACAGCACGAACGCCGGCGCGAGCGUGGAGCGGAAACUAGGCCUUUUCGACCACGUACGCGAACGACGUUGGUGCGCCAACGUCCAAGACGCAAUGCGAGACUGGCGACUAGGCCUCACCAGCGAGCAUUACCACCCGCAUUCCGCGCAGGCGGUCUAAUUCCGGGACAGGCGCUACGUCCAGUGGCGACGAUCAUGCUGACCGCCGUCAUUAAAAUCGAGGCUGGGGGACGCCUUCAUCUGGUGCGCGCUCUCAUCGACGCGUGCCAACCAGUUACAAUUAUAUCAAGCGGCCUCGCAAGGGAACUGGGAUUAUUAAGUACCCAGGUAGGAGGCCAAAGGGGAUGCAUGAUCACUAUUCGCGGAAAGAACGGCAAUAAUAAGCGCGUUGCCACACAUGCUGCGGUGGUACCGGGAUUCCAGCGCGUCACCCCCUUCCGAGGCGUCGACCCGGCUAUAGCGGCGCCCUACGUUCACAUGAGACUGGCGGAUUCCAGAUUUUUUGAAUCCACUCCUAUCCGCCUAGUGAUAGGAGCGGAACUGUACUCAAGCGUCAUGAUGCAGGAGACCCUACCCCGCUCUCUCAGCACCCUAAUGGCGCAGAGCUCAAUAUUUGGCCGGGUACUGUCCGGGGUCUGCCCAUUAAAUUAA